AGGCGUUCGACGACGGGUAGGACGCAACGCAGUCAGCGCAAUUAUUUAAUUUGUUCUGCCGCGAGGAUUAUUUGCAGCCAGGAUUGUGUUUAUCUGUGCCAAUCGCCAAUCAAUUAUAUUACAGUGUGGCGAAUUCACCAGCAGCAUCGACAUCUCUCGCGAAUCACUGUCGUGCGACACGGAUGCUUUGCUAGUAUCACGACCGCCGACAUACGAGCCUAGCUCCGCCUCCGGAAACAACGACAUCGUAUCGUAUCUACAGAGAAGGUUACAGACAUCAGGAGGACCCCGGCCCCUGAACUCGUUCAAGAUGGCGGCCCCCAAGAUGACCAAGAAUCAAAUGCGACGAGCAAAGAAGAAGGAGCAAAAGAAGACCAAGGCAGAGAACCCCGAACCUACGGAACCCUUAGCCGUAAAGGAGCCUACGCGCGACGACAAAGAAGCCGCACCGAAAGACGAGCCCACGGUUGAGGUUGUUGCCGAAGCGUUCCCCGACGAAGACGAUCCCGCUUUCGCAGCGUUUAAAGAUAUUUUCAGCAAAUUCUCUGCUCCUCGCAAUAGCGAGGAAACAGCCGAAGAUGCUAUCACCGCUAAGCGUGGCGAGGUGCUCGGAGACGACGACGAUGACAUCCCUGGCGAGGACGACGGGGCCCCCAAGAUUUCCAAGAAGAAACGCAAGGAGCUUAACAAAAUCUCUAUUGCUGAACUCAAGGCGCUAGCCAAAGUCCCCGAAGUUGUUGACUGGCAAGAUGUUUCGUCGACCGAUCCUAGACUCCUUGUGCAGAUUAAGUCUCAAAAGAACGUGGUGCCAGUACCUACCCACUGGUCGAUGAAGCGCGAGUAUCUCUCGUCGAAGCGUGGUAUCGAAAAGUCGGCGUUCCGCCUACCCCAGUUCAUCGCCGAGACUGGUAUCGCCGAAAUGCGAGAUGCUGUGCUUGAGAAACAAGCCGAACAAAGCCUGAAGCAAAAACAGCGAGAGCGCGUUGCGCCCAAGAUGGGCCGACUCGACAUUGACUAUCAGAAACUCUACGAUGCAUUUUUCCGAUUCCAAACUAAGCCCGAGCUUACACGCUUUGGCGAAGUCUACUACGAAGGCAAGGAAAGCGAGGUAGACUACCAAGACUUCCGCCCUGGCGACCUGUCUGCCGAAGCACGAGAAGCCCUCGGCAUACCCGUCGGCGCCCCUCCGCCAUGGCUCAUCAACCAGCAAAGAUUCGGCCCUCCUCCCUCUUAUCCCGCCCUGAAGAUCCCCGGCCUCAAUGCCCCUCCACCUCCUGGUGGCUCUUGGGGUUUCCACCCCGGCGGUUGGGGCAAGCCUCCAGUAGACGAAUUCAACCGCCCGCUCUACGGCGGCGAUGUCUUUGGUAUCGCAGCGCAAGCGCAAGCACAAACCGCACAGCUCAACGAACCCAUUGACCGCACACUAUGGGGCGAGCUGCAGCCACGCGAGGAAGAGGAAGAAGAGUCGGAAGAAGAAGAAGACGAAGACGAGUCUGAUGACGAUGACAACGACGACGAUGAUGAGGGAGCAGUUGACCGCAGCGGUCUGGAGACACCGUCUGGCCUAGAAACGCCAAGUCAACCGGGCGGCAUGUACCCCGACUCCGCUGGCAUGGACCUGCGAAAGGCCCGCCGCGAUGAAGAAUCCGACGAGCCCGCACGCUCGGCUUACACAGUCCUUCCGGAGCGCCAAGUGCGCGCAGAAGGCUUCUUUGGCAGCGACCGCGCAUACGACCUCGCGGCAGCCAACAACCCCAACUACCUUGACCGCGAGGACGAGGGCCGCAAGCGCAAGAAGCCUGGAGACGUGGACGUUGCGAUUGACCUGGAUGCGCUCCAGAGCGGGUCUAUCGACAAGGACGAGCUGCGACAAAAGUUUGAGGCGGGUGUGCGCCAGGAUGGCGUGGGCGCGCAGUGGCAGCACGAUGAGGACCUUGCCGACUUCAUCUCAGAGGAGAGCAGGAAGCGGCAGCGCACCGAGAAGGAGAGGCAGGACAAGAAACGACAGAGGUGAGAGUAUCCCUCUGGCGUGUAAUAUUCAACGUGUACAUCCCCCGGCAUCUUUUCUGUUUUCUCUAUUCUCGUUUGGUCUGUAAUUCUGGGCAUCAAGAGGGCUUAUUUUUCCGCAUGGCGUUUAUUUUCUGUUUGGUUAGCAUAGAUGGUAAUAUCCUAUGGACGAAAAGAAAGGAAAAGAAGCAUUUAUCUACUUUACACUUGACGGUUCACAAUACGAAACAAUGGUGAAAUGUGAAUGUAAACGAUUUACGAUUCGCAGUGUAUUAAAGUAACCAAUGCUUGGUCGGGUACUGUACAGUAUCAUUCAUUCAUUUAUCUAUCCCCUCGCUCCAGAUAGUAUUCCCGGAAUUGUUAAACGCCGCCAUGGUUCCUUUUUAUUCGCAGAUUAUGACAAAUCCAUCUCUUCGCCGCAGCAAUCAUUGCACUUCCAGCGCCGCUGGCUCACAUCCAUUUUGGCUGCAUCACGGAUACAGUCCGAAUGAAAUUGGCGAUGUGUACAGAUCUAUUGUGCUGUUAGCUUGUUUCAAUACAACCAAGACGAAUAUGGGAAAGCAUACCUUGUUUGCGCACACAAGCGUUCUAGGGCCACGGACAGGCAGUUUACAUACACUGCAACCGCUCGCACUUUUGAUAAUAGGCCCUGCGUUUACAAACGGGGCAUGGUCUCUAUAGCCCGCGGGAGGGGCCUCUUUUCGAGCCUCUUUGAUAUAGACAAGAGCCGAUUCCAUAAUCUCGUCAUCGAGAGCAUUCCUAGCUAGGAGAACCGCCAUGUGGUUUCCAAACUCUAUCAUCCGCUCCGGCGAUGCAACAAGCCAACGGGCAUUUGUUUUAACAAAUUCGAGCCAGAGUGGUGCCAGAUACACCAGGGCGCUAAUGUCCCGUCGCAGGAUAAAAUCGUCCCAUUUCCAAAUAAAGUCUUUUUCGCAGUCGCUCACAUCAGUAAACUCAGCAAUAUUAUCCCGAUGCUUCUGCAAAAGCCACGCCUGGUCAGGUUCCGUGCUAGGGAGGAGCUCUCCUGCUUUCAACUUGGCCUUGCUAAUCGGAUGAUAAAGCGUCUGUUUUAUUUGCGGGACCAGCACAGGCGGUCCUUCAAUAAUCUUCCGUUUUGAUAUACGGGAGAUGACAGCCUCAUCUACAUCACCGCUCGGUGGAGUAGGCAGUUUCGUCCCCGCGUGUUUUCUUGGUGAUUGGAGUCUAGCUUUCCAGUGUCUUCGAGCAGCAGGCGAUAUAGGUUCAGCAUCCUCGGAAGCAGCGUGCGAUGUCUGUCUGGAUGACCAUGCCGGUAGCUCGAACGGUACAAUAUCUGAAAUUGAGGGAGUUGGUUGGCGAGUUGUAACUGUGAAUGUGACGCCAUUCUCACCCUCAGAUAAUUCAAAGUUGUAGGCGGUAUGGUGCUGUUCAAAAUGAGCUUGAAGAAGUUGUACUGAGCCUUGGGAGGCACCACAGGCAAUACAGCGGUAUAAAUCAAGCCGAAGACCUUGGUUCACAGACAGGCUGUAUAACACCUGGCCGCCCUCAAGCUGCCUCGAAUCCGAUUGCAGGUCAUGAUUAGGUCGCUUUCGCCCUCUUGCGAUAUCACUAAGGGCUUUGAGAUUAUAAUUAGUUUGUACGUCGCGAUGGCGAAGUAAGCGAGACGGGGUAUCUGGUUCCGCCGGCUGAUCAUCAGCUGCUUCUAUGCUGCUGCGACCAGGAGCUUCAUUUUCAUCCUCUGGACCAGGUAUUGAAAUUGGUGCAGGCUUCUGUUCUUCAAAUUCGCCAUUUGGCAUUUCGACAAACGUAGUGGGUUGUGGGAUGACAACUUUAGCAGGCUGUGUACUCUCGCGUGCAGAUUCAGUUGUCCAUUUUAAGUCGGCGCAGAGAAGGUAAUUUGUAUGAGUCAGUUUAACACCGGGCACCGGCGGGUGUCCAGAUGUAACAAUGACCAUAUUUCUUAGAGAUCCAGCAAUACCAGUGAACUCCAUUGUCGACACAAUACAGCGUUUGAGCGGGUGGACUGCCGCCAGAUAUAGAGGUGAGAGGCCAAAAUCUUCGUGGUCUAAGGGCGGCCAUGAGUCGUCAUCUGAAGCCUCUAAUUCAAUGCGCAGACCAUAAGAAGAGGCAUACGUCAAUAUGCCAUCAGCUUGGCGUACACGAAACGUGUGCUGUGGUACCACAAAAGGCCGCGGCAGGUGAAUGUAAGCAAUUCGGUGCGGCUCAUAGGGCAGGCGAUAUGUCUUGAUCUCGCAGAGCUGGGAUUCGCAAUGCAUUGGGCGUCGCUCAUUGCUACGUGUUUCAAACAGAGAAAAGCGGCAUGAUGCUCUGGUUGUCUUGACCUCGCCAGACGCCAUAUUCAUGGCCGGAGGGUCCUCAGAAGCACUCUUGCUCAUAAGCGUGAUGUCUUGAAGGCUGAGCAUCGACCCUUCUUCUGGGUUUCCCGAAAACGCUGCUGAGGAUGGCUUCGCUUUUGGCUUAAGACUGGGCUCUUGUCCAGAGGGGCCAAGUCUCUGAUAAUCAGGUGGGGAGACUGGGUGGACAGGAUGCGUUUGGUGCGUUUGAUGUGCCUGGCGCGGUGGGCGCAUUGGACGAGUUGGGCGGGGUUGAUGCGGGUGAUGUGGUUGAUUAUACAUAUGCGCUUGACUUGACAAGAGCUGGUGAUGCACCUGGACUGUUCGAUGCAUCGUGUGCUCUUGAAGACCAUCUGCAGGCCGUCUUAAGUCGCGAGCCCAAGAUGGCUCCGGUGACCGGAAUUGCUGCUGAGGCUCUGCCUGCCACAUAGGCAUAUCCCUAUUCCACGAAUUCGGCGUCAUGGUGCUCCCUUGACGGAAAUUGUCGGCAGCCAUUCCACCAGAGACUGCGCUUCAAGGCGAUGACGGUGACAAUUAACAAAUCCUUCCCCUCAUGCGGCAAAUCAGAGAGAGCGCGAGUAGCCAUGCAUAUCUUGCACGGUGUCUCGUGAGCGCGGUAGAGUCCCGAUAACGCCGUUCUGGCGGCGUAGCGGUUGUGGAGUUUGCGCCCGGCUGCUCCCUGGACAAGAUGAUGAAACAACAAGAGAGUGCAAAGCGCAGAGACUGCUUGCUGACGCUGAGCAGAUACUGGAAAAAAGGGAUUUUAAGCGUCUCUUUCAAGUUUACCGAUUGCAAGCAGCGUGCUGAUGAGCUUAGAACGGUGGCGGAU